ACAAUCCUCCUUUUUUCGAUUCGAUCUGCUUAAAAUGCUUUCCGUUCUCUCACGUUCAUCGUGAAAAGAAGUCUUUUCCAUACACUUCCAGUAGUAGCUUUUCCCCCGAACUUCGAUAUUAGUAGAGCCUAAAAAACGAGUCAAAACACCGAACAAAAAACACAACCGAAACAGGGUUUACGACUUUUCGAUAUGCUCUGUGCCUGCAGAGAAUCAUAAAUUGAACUAGAGUGUCCAAACACAUCACAUAUUUAUAGAGAGAGGGAGAUUCCUGUAGUACAAGAAGAUGUUUCGAGCCCCCUAAGCGCUCAACUUUUCGACCUAUGUGAUGCCGAUUUAUUGCGCGAAGCCCUGGAAAGUCCUGAAGUUAAUUCCAGUCCUAAUUUUUGCUACGAAGAAAGCUGUCCCUACCCCCAAAAGCUUCCCUUUGAUCCAAACAUAAACAGUCUUGCCAAUAGUACAGUAGACAAGUAUGGCACAAUGCCAAAAACUGCCACUGCCACCGCCACCGCCGCAGAUAUGCCCCCUAACGGUCCAGUGACUACCGCCGCCACUAACAAUACCAACAACGACCACCUGUCUAUACUCUUCCACUCCUCGGAAGAGAUCGAAAAUGAUAUCUCCGCGUCGAUAGAUUUUUCGCCCUCGGUUCCAUUUUCCCUGCCCGCGUACCUCGUUAACCAACAAGACCAAUUUGAUCUCUUCCAAUCUCAAAAUAGUUUUCCGCAUUUCACUUCUGACCCCAUCCCCCCUCUUAUGGGGACUCAUCAACUACCUUCUGGUUUCGAACGCGAGUGCUUAUCGAUCAUGCCUUCAUAUGCGCGCUUGAAUGCGAAUUCAUCGACUUCUAGCUCCUUUCUUGAGCCCAACACCGGCUCGUACUUGCCUAGCAACUUGACUGCCACUUUCUCUGCUCCUGAUAAUUCGCGGUUUUUCAACGGGAAUUUGUACACGGGAAAUGAAAUGCAUAUUCAGGAAUUGGAAUUCCAAGGAGACAAUGGUGGGAUUUUCUGCCCGGAGCCUUUGCCAAGGAUUUUUCACUCUGGCGAGCUACAGGCACUUAGCAAUGAGAGUCAACAUGUAAUGAAUGGGGUUGGGAGUUCUACUCCUUUGGCAUCAGAGGUCUCAAGCUUGGAAGACUCUGCAUUCAAGGGUACCACCAAACUCUCUGCUGAGGAGAGGAAGGAGAGGAUCCAUAGAUACAUGAAGAAGAGGAGUGAGAGGAACUUUAGCAAGAAAAUAAAGUAUGCCUGCCGGAAAACACUAGCAGACAGCAGGCCUCGGGUCAGAGGAAGGUUUGCGAAAAACGACGAACUAGGGGAGACGUCUAGAGGAGCUUGUAGCAACCAUGAAGAGGACACUGAUGAGGAUUCUGUACGAGUCGUCGUGAAAGAAGAAGAAGAAAUGGUGGAUUCCUCGGAUAUCUUCGCUCACAUUAGCGGCGUCAAUUCCUUCAAAUGCAGCUACCCAAUUCAAUCCUGGAUUUGAAUCACUCAUCAGCUUUAUAUCAUGAAAAAAAACCAUUUUGUACAUUUUUGUAGAGACCCCGUUUCGACCAAGAGUACUGGGUUAGAAUAAGAGUUGAAUGAUUGAGCCAUUAAGGUUUAAUGUAAUUGAGCCAUCGGUACGCGCGAUGUCGCCAGUUGAGACUUGUAUAUGCAGCAAUCCUUACAUGAAAAACUCAACUCCGCACACUUUGCGAAAAAAACUCUUGUAUUGUACAUGAUAUGGAAUUUUUGUUUCUUUGAUGAAAGCA